GUCGGGCCGCAACACAGAACUCAACCACGGAGUAGUUCGCAGAUAAGCACUAGAGAUGCAGUUCAGUAGCUAGUUGCGUAGCUCCGUCGCCUCGCUCUAAGACCGGACUCGAGUUGGGGGUUGGAUGAAACCCCAACUGAACGCUAUCUCCUUGACUCGCGCGAUCUUCGAUCAAGGUCUCUCUGCCUCCAUGAUACAACGGUUCACUCCACCUACGCACCUGCGGUGGAAGGCUCAGUACGACUUGGAUUUCCCGUUUUCCAAGCAGACGCAAACCCAAUACCCUCGACGCCACCACGACAGUCCUCCGAUUUCGUUAUGAGUGUCUCUGAGAAGGCCCCGGAAAAGGCCGAAGAUGAGUACUGGAAGACGGCGCCAGAACCCGCGACGUUCGUUUCGUUCGGUGAUCAGGGCUUGACGGCAACUGUGGGGGCUUACGGCUCCCUGCUUCGGAUUUGCUGUCCUGUUCUGAGCUCGGGCGAGCAGAGCCCCGACCAGGUCAACCUAGACGAUAGGGACUCGGGCGAUAGCGAGCCAGAGGAUGGAAAUGCUUCAGACAAGCAGAACGCUGGUGAUCGUAGCUUGGAUGAGGUCUUCCGAUCGAAGAUCCUGUGUCUCGAAUACAGCGGCGAAGAAGCAUACUUUGUCUCAAGCCGAGCAAGCCGUCUUGCAAAGAACGCCGAUGACGCCAACUGCGGAUUCGGGCUGCGGUUGGACGGAAGCAUUCAACCGGAGCUAUCAACGCUGGACUUCGUCGACAAUCGCUGGCCGAUCAUCAAGUACAAGACAAAGCAAGGCUUCUCCAUCACGGUACGGGCUUGGUGUCAGCAUGGCAUGGUUUUGCAGCAGAUGUUGAUUGAUCGAGGCACCGACGGCCCGGAUACAGUAAAACUGAGUCUGGAUAUGAAUUUUGUCAUGCAAGAUCUGGAUUACAUGCGGUUGGUACUGAAUAUGAACUUGUGUGAGGAUCAAUCAAGCGAUUCUAAGGCCGAGAACUGCCUCAUAUUGAAAGCCCAGCGUCAAUGGAGUUCCAAACAGAGCCAGAUUGGCGUGCUCGUGGGACUAUUCAAGGACAAUCAGAGUCAUCCUAUUAGAACCUCUGACAGACCAAAACCGACAACAGAUCAUGCUGAUAUUGUAUCUCAGAGCUCGGAGGGCAAUCCACAGCCCAUUGCCUUGGAGCAUGAUUUCGUCGAUCAGAUAGAUCGGGUCACGUACACGGCAGCAUUUAAAUUGCAAGUAGCCUCAUCUGGCGAAUGGAGCUCACUGGCAAUCUCAACAUUGCCUAAGGCGCCGUCACCUAGCUCGGAUGGUCAACUAGGCGUAUUUGACUCUUAUGAGGAUAGAUUCAAUUGGCAUUGCCGUCGCCAUCUGGAGCACAUUAUAUCGGUGUGCAGCAUCCCUCUUGAUGGGACACCAUUGAAGAUCAACCAUACAAGAACUACCGACGCCACGAAACAUACCUGGACUAAGCGGGAGCUUGACCCCUCCGCUCCAGCUCCCCGAAAUCGAGGUGUAGCGCUCACUUGUGGCAGUUUUGGAGAUCAUAGAGUUAGCAUAUCAGGAAGUUCCUUUGCAUUCAUGUUCAUGUUGGAGAUGUACAAACUUCUUGUACCGCAUCUGAGCACCUCCGAUCUGUGCGGAAGAAUCAAAUGGACAUGCAAGAAUCACCUGGAGUGGGUCUUCAAUCUGAAGCCUGAAGCAGCCUCUUCUGCUAAUGUUAGGAUCGAUGGCGAAAUUAUCAAGGUGGGUUAUGGCAGCACCAGGGUCCCGAAUAACAAUCCUACCCUCAUGCCGUAUCACAUCAUCAAAGCAACUGAGUAUUUGAAGGUGUUUCAUGACUUAGAAGACCUUGAAUUUGUUUGCAAAGGAUUGGGAAACUUGUGCCAGGAGUGGUUCCUACAGUUGAAUCAGACAAAGAACAGACGGACGCCCACCUGGCAGCACUUUCAGGGCUCUGAUGUUCCAUACUAUCGGCUAGGGGAUCAUGUGUGGAUAUGGAAGGCUCUCAAAGGCAUCGAGGAAGUAUUGAACAGGCUAGAAUCUCGACCGUCAGCCAUGUAUAAAGAGAGUGCAGUCCUCGAUGAUUUUUCGAAGCUGCGGGAGCGAAUGUUCACCGUGAUGGCCGAGAAGCGCGGGAGACGUCAAUCAACCCCCGCAGAAGAGUGUGAGCGAAACAUCUAUUUCAGCUCAGAUGAUAUACGAAAGGAGAACAUCAAGCGGUUCACCGUCCGAAACGAGGUCUUCAACAAACGCAUGCUGAGUGUUACGCGCAGUGCCAACGAAACGCGGUUUCUGCUCCAUUCGCGGGAUACCGUACUGUACUACGGUGCCUUGUGGGGUUUCUUCGAGGACCAAGAAGACCUGCUUCAUGAGACGCUGGAAAUUCAGACGAGACACGAAGACAGCCUGUGCGACGAGGUGGAGUGGGCCAAUCCCCUUCGGUAUGGACUGGCUCUACUGUGGUCUCUUCAGGGGUAUCGGCUGACAUGGGGAAACUCAUCUGGCCAAAUGGUGAAUCGAGCGAAAAGAUUUCUGCUGGCUUCGUCUUACCCAACUGGGCUAUUUCCUGGUUAUCUCAACGUGUUAAAGCGAAGGAAAUAUAAUUACUUCGAAGCCGAGAAUGAUUGUGACUUUUACUUCCAUACCGGAUUCGAGAUCGCAUACAUCCUCUUGAAAUCUUUAGAUCUCAAUGAGAAUAAGGUCUUGCCUGUGGAGAGAAUGAAAGACCAUGAGACUCUUGACUCUUCAACCGUUACCGCACAACAGCACGUCUAUCGUGAUUCAAGACCCUCGGGCGACCAAAGCUCUCAUCUUCGAGCAGGCACACAGCUGGUGUCGGUCCCGAUUACCCUCCGAAGAUGGAACCCAUACGGGACAUCUCUCGAUGUGAAUAAAAUCGUGGAUGUGGCAGACGACUGGCUUUUUAGGGACCCUGAUUUCCUUGACUUUACUCCUCCCGAUAGCAGGGAAGACAGGGAAGUUAUUAUAGGGGAAGCUUCGGAGGCCCUUGGCCUUGAGGGAGGCGAUGAGUCAGCGAUAUGCGCAGACAUAGAGAGAUUGGAAUCAAUCCAUGCACGUCUUUACGCUUUGAAAAUGAUAUCCCUAACACUGCCAAGAAGAGAGGAUCCAUUGUUGACAGGAGCAGAGGCACAAAGCGAGAAUCCAUUGGGGUUCGUCCUUGAUGUUCGCAAAGGCCGUAAAGAAAAGCCGGUCGACGCAAAAGUCUUGCGGCUUGGAAUAUGGAAAGAUGAAAUCUUUCUCAUGAAAAUCCAUCUAAUGAAAAAACGACGAUACAAUGAAAGUAAGAAGCGGAUGGUGUACAUCACAUCUCCCACGGGCGAGAUGUCUGCCACCUGUUACCUCGCAACCCCUGAGCGUGACAGACCUAGCUUCGCGUCUUUUAUCAAGAGACAUCGCGAGAUCACAACAAGCUUCUUUCAUGAUGAUGUUGUGGUAGAGACCAACUCAUGGGUAACUGAAUUUCAUUGUCGCUUCUUCAGAGCAAUUUCCAGGGGCACGGAGGGUUGGGACAGAUUGCACGCACACAGGCAGUCCAAAGGGGGAGGUGCUACCCCAGCCCAGAGAUACAGCCGGCAUUUAGCCUCGAAGCUGUGUUCCCCCCUCGGAAACGGGAUUUUCCUGGUAGAUGAUGUUUUCAGUUUGAUCAUGGUGGGUGACUGGUGUGACCGAUACUGGACGUGUCAUGUCCUGGCGACCUCAACGGCCAGUACCGACCCAAGCAAGGAAGUUUGGGGCCUGAAAGAUCACAGCUUUACUCAAAGAAAGGUGCUUGAGCUGUCUUUACUAAAUAAACUGUUGGUCGAUUUCCACCAGAGCACCAAGGAGAUUCUGCGCAGGGUUGAGCAAGACUCUCGACCCAGUGCAUCGGAAAUGAGUGAAGAUCUAUACUCGACCAUGAGCUUCAAGAACAGAAAGCAAGAGCUAUUGGAUGAAACAUUCCAGGUUCUACGCAGGGUGAAAGACAGUAUCACCGGGGUCCGGACGCUGAUAGACGACUGGAGGCAGCGGGAGAGCUCCCAGGGGCGAGAAAGGCCCCGCUGGACACGAAGCAAUGAGCAGCGGCAUGGCAUGCUUAUUCGAAAACUGACUAAUGAGUUGGCCAAGCAUGACCGCGAGGUGGACGUCUUGCUCUCCCAUGUUGACUUCCUGAUCGCCCUGGUGAACAAUGAAAUAUCCCUCAACCAGGCGAGGGAUGUUACUCGCUUCACCUACGCCACCGUCUUCUUUCUCCCGGUGGGGCUUGCAGUCAGUAUCUUCAGUAUGAGCGGGCCGCCGGACCAUACUGCCAUUCUCGGCAUGGUGGUUACUGCAAUCGUCGCUUUGGUGAUCACGGUGGCUUUCUUAUGGCUUGUCAUCCGAGUUCCAACACAAGUAUACCCACAGGGUCAAGGCAUUGGCUCGCCGGUGAAUGUUUUCCUGGCUAGAAAGGCGGGCGAGUUGGCCCACCUGCUUGGGGUGCAAGACACGAGCAAGCCAACCAAUGCCAGUCAGGAUCCAGUCGACGAAGCGGCUCGAUCUAGCCACCGGAGCAUGUUUCGUGGUAUAUAUGAUAAGAUAGCUGGUUUCUCGGGCUUGAGACAUCAACACGCUGUACAGAAGCGCGAGGGUGACGCCCAAGCUUAGCAAAAGGUUUCCCAUGGGUGAUGAAGAAUGGGGGAUCCCUUGCAAGUAGGUUUAGAGAAUUCCUUCAUAAAGCAAUAUUCCUGUCUGC